AUGUCAACCCAAGACAGCUCGUAUGCGCCAAAGUCGCCCGACCUUUCUUCUUUUUAUUCCAGCUCAACGUCUGACAUUCCCCAGAACCAUAACGCCCCAGGUGGCUAUCUCUUUCAAGCUGGAAUUGGGGCUGGUCUAGGAGCUGGUACAGGAGCUCCUUUAAGAUAUAAUCAGCCACAGCCCCACCAAUACAGCACUUAUCAAUCAUCCAUACCGUCUUCUGUACCGCCUACGAGCGCUCCUGCAUACGGUAGUAACGGCAGCGACAACACCGCUUUCAGCACCUAUCCGUCUCAAGGCACUGCCGGACAACAAGGACAAUACUUCUCUCCCCGACAACAAACACAAUUCGCCCAAACAAACCAAUCGCCAUAUAUUCUACAACCCCCGAACGCUUCCGCGUCCUAUUACUCGUCCUAUCCCGAGCCUGCAUCACCCGCUACCUAUCAUCAACUACAACCACAGCUACAAACACAGCCUUCCCAACCUCAAACCUCGCAACCAUCUACUGUUCUCAACCAAUUCAACCCGUCAAAGCCACAAAACACUAUGCCGCCACGAAAGAUCGCGCCGGCAGCAAAGCAAAAUGAGGUGGAACCGUCUCCAGUUAAAACCAAGUUCCCCACAGCGCGUAUUAAGCGCAUAAUGCAAGCUGAUGAGGAAGUAGGCAAGGUCGCCCAGCAAACUCCCAUCGCAGUUGGAAAAGCGUUGGAACUGUUCAUGGUACAACUCGUUCGUAAAAGUGCCGAGGUGGCCAGGGAGAAGAAUUCCAAAAGAAUCACAGCACCAAUGCUCAAGCAGGCAAUAAGCUCAGCUAUUGAAUGGGAUUUCCUACAAGACAUUGUCGCCAAGGUGGGCGAGGAAAAAGAAGGUGGCAAGAGCUCCGGCAGAACUAAACCUGAUAGCGAUAGUGACGAAGAGGGAGACGUCGGAGAGACUAAGAAGAAGGGAAGGGGUGGGCGCAAGAAGAAAGCCCCUGCGUAG